CGUCACGUGCACCCGCCGCGCUCACCAGUCCACCGGUUCCAGUUGGCGAUCGGUUCCAUUGACUGUCGAUAGCUCAGAGAUGGAGGCCACGGCUUCUCAUUGACACACCCCUUUCUCUAUCUCGAUUUGCCGGCAAAGGCGUUUGUCCGGACCAUUGUCCAGUGCUUUGUUCCAGCCCUUACGGUCUUGGACGGCUGUCGACAAUGGACACGGAUAAAGGAAACGUGCUGGGUAGCCAUACCGAAACGCAAGAUGGGGAGCAACGAGCACACAAUCAUUUGGUUUGGUCUUGAACGAAAAAAAAUGAGAUAUAAAGUGAACUUCAACCUGGUUCGAAUCUACCGGCCAGCAGAGUUACAUUCGUCAUCGAUAGCACAAACCCCCAGUACACUCACAGCCGUCGAAACACGUCUCAAACUCUGCACCACCACUCUCUUCUUUACAUCAUUUCUUUCCAAAUGGGCAGCACCACUAUCACCAUACUCGACUGCAUCUGCAGCUCCUGCGCGUCUGAGGACCACCGCCAAUGGUACAACGACCGUGCCCGAGAACGGGGCGGCGAGGAAAUCCCCCCUCCAGAGAAAGACUUGGUGUGCAUCCGCACCGGGAAGGUCGUUGUUUAUGGCGUCAAGCCAAAUGGAAAGUAG